AAACAUCGCGCGGAGCCUCCAGCCGCAGAGGCAGCGGCUCAGUGGACUCCUCCAGAGGUGACCGGGUGUCAGACAGACGGCCACACAGAGGACAGAGUGUGUUCGUCCGUGAGUGCGUGUGUGUGUGUGUGUGUGUGUGACCUCUCCAGUGUCACACAAGUAGCAGCACGCAGAUAUAUCGGGCGGGUAGUCUCGUGCCACUCAACAGUUUCCUACUCCGCCGGCACUCCCGAGGGCACGCGGGGACGAGGACAGCAUCCACCGGCUUCAGUAGCGUUUAGAAUAAGACAGAGUCCAUGGCUGCCGCUGCACACAGCAGCUGCGUGUGGAUGUUGGUUCUGGGCAUGUGUGUGUCGCUGGUUGUUGGAACAGACUGCAGAAAGGAGUGUGCACUGUGUGUGUACCGUCUGCUGGGACAGCAGUCUGGUUUCUCCUCCCGGACAUGCUCACUUGAGUGUGAGGGUGGUUUGGACAGCCAGAAGCUGCGCCUGUGCCAGGACUUACUGUUGGAGGAGGAGAACCACAAUCCUCUGACUGCUGACUCCCAUCAACAGCAAGAACAGGAAGCAGUAGGUGGAAUCAUGACCGAAAAUAAUGACGCAACAUCUCCAGAACACCAGCUGGCCAAGAAGUAUGGAGGCUUUAUGAAGCGCUACGGUGGUUUCAUGUCUCGCCGCUCCUCCUCUCCAGAGGGAGCACUUGAGGAUCCUGGGAACCAGGACGAGGAAGAAAAUGCUCGUCUGGAGAUCCUAAAGAUUCUCAAUGCAGUGGCCGAGCAUGGCGGUGAGGGGGAUGGUCAGGGAAGUGAGGCAGUUAAGAGGUAUGGAGGCUUCAUGCGUCGGGCUGAAGAAGGGGUGGUGCAGGGUGACCUGUUGGAAGCAGUGUUAGGGCGUGGGCUCAAGAAGCGCUAUGGCGGCUUCAUGAGGCGCGUGGGCCGGCCUGAGUGGUUGGUGGACAGCAGCAAGAGUGGAGGGGUUUUGAAACGGGCUUGGGAGAAUGGCAGUGAGCUACAGAAGAGGUACGGGGGGUUCAUGGACUAGGACCCUUCACUCCACCCAUUCCUCCAACCACCUCUCUUCAACCAAUCACCUUGUAGUCUGGACUUGACCGGCCCAACUGCUCUGCUAAUCACAUUGCAUCAUCUGGCUUUGUAUAACAUGCUACUGCCUACUCCAUUGGUUCAAUUAAUCCUGUUCUGAUAAACAAAAGAUAAACAUAUAUUGUUCAGAUGUACACAAAUCAUUUAUGGUCUGCUUUUGUUUUUCAUGUUGAUAUUAUUUAUUAAAAGAAUCUGUUGAUCGAGG